AUGGUCUUGGUGGUAAGGAUCAUAGUACAAGCAUCAGACAGGUUGCCCGGAACUAAGAAGGGCGCCCUAACCAGCAUGAAACAUGGUGUGAAGGGGACCAUAAUUCUGCUGCCUAUUCUUGGAUUAACCUGGGUUUUUGGAAUAUUAACGUUUAACUCGAACGUUAUUGUGUUUGAAUACGUAUUUGCAAUCUUCAACAGUCUUCAAGGAGUUUUUAUUUUUGUUUUUUAUUGUGUUUUAAACUCAGAGGUUCAAGGAGCUUUUAGUUUGAAACGGAGGCAGAUUAUGAGCAAUAGCGUUUUGCCUUCAGUGCAUACAAAUAAAACUCAGAAUACAAAGAUUAAAGAUGAUUCUUUAACAGAUGAACACAGGAGAGCACAGCGUCUGUUUGUUCAUGCUAGCAGAGACCCAACUAAGUCACCCAAAAAGAAAGUACAGUGUAGUAAUUUUGAACCAGAACUAGGGAGUAAAACCUCCAUUAAUAGCAGAGACCCAAGUAUGUCGCCUAAACAGGACAACAUGCUUGUUAUUGACGUUCAGUGUAGUAAUUUUGAAACAGAACCAGACAUUAUAACCUCCAUUACUAGCAGACACCCAAGUAGGUCACCCAAAAAGGACAGCAUGCAGAUUAUUGAUGUUCAGUGUAGUAAUUUUGAAACAGAACCAGAAGAAAUUAAUUGUGAAGCAACGUCUGAUAACAUUUCGUCAACAUCGACAUUGAAUCAAUCCCAUAAUAGUAAUCAAACUAUUGCUGUGCAUAUGAGCGGUGUCGCAGCUGAUUCACUUAGUGAUAUAAGCAAUCCAUUCCAGAAAAAGCCAAAACUAUAUGUGAGAACUUAUCACAAAGCGAUUCACGUGGUUGAAAAAUCAGAAUUUGAGUUCACAUUAUAUUCACAUAGGUCGCAUUAUAAGCCAUAAUUUGGUCUUUGAAUGGCUUUCCUAGGAUAAGCAGAUCCAGAGAUGACCUUUUAAGUUUAAUUACUGUAUUGUGGAAAAAUGGUUUUGAGUCUUAAAGCUAAAGUAACAAUGAACAAGUAAUAAGGCUGGAACUGCAAAAUCAGUGCAACACUUUUGUAGUUUAGUCAGAAAGUAUAUUAUCAUAGUGUAUUCCAAACCACUAAGUUGCUCAAUAUGAUCUAACCCAUGAAGCAUUUCAUUUCGUGGUGAGACCUCACAUAAAAGAGGAAACAUAUGCUACAGAACAGC